CGCAAAGCGGCGGUACUCCAGCUCAAAGGUAGCCCAGCCCCCCAUAUGCCAAACCGGCCUGCCUCGGCUCAACAACGGGAGGGAAUCGCGGAUGUGGCUGAAGCUCCUGCUCCCGCUGCUGGCAUUUUACUUACGUCGCAUGGAAAGAGCAGUCACUGGGCAGUUUCCUUGACAUCUUUUGGGAUGUGGCGACCACAAACACCGGUUGAAAAGGUGUUUUCCGUAGCUUUCGUGAUACGAGUGUUGGCUAAAGGCAGCUAGGCACAAAGGCGUUCAGUCAUCAACUAGCCGAGGUUAGCUAAUGGUAACUAGCGUGCUAACAACACAGCCGGUGUGGACGAGCACAUCCUCGCGCAGCCAUACACGGGUUCAUCGCUGCUGACUCUCUCCGUGGGGUUAUGUUGGCUGUUUUGUGAUAACUUUCUAUCAGUAACCGAAGUCAAGUGGUUGUGUUAGUAGUCGCCACUCAUGACUGUGAUACGUCAAACAACGUCUCUGCAUAACUGGGUCGUUGGCUGCAUGUUUUUCAGCUAGCCACGGCAGAGCUUCGGUGUGAUACUGGGAUGGUGGCGGUAGCAAAACAAGCUAACGUUGCUCCGUCUGUGUGAAGAAGUCAGUGCAAGAAGUGAGGAAACGCUUUAGCCAAUUGGGAGUUCUCGGUUGGGUUUAUGGUAAUUGUAAUUCCGGGGUGGAUGACGAUAGGACGAACCUGACAAUCACUGAACAUAUCUGAACUGAAACUGGGAAUAUCGCUAACCGAUCAAAGGGAUUAUUUUUGUGUCUCUCAGUGGAUUUCGGCCUCCUUGCAGGGUCGUCGUGGGAAACACAGUAAGUGUUUUGACAUUGAGUGAGCCCUCUCCCAGAAGAUAUUCUUUGACUUAGCGACCUUCCCCCCUGCUUCACCCUCCGAUGCGGAGAUUUCAGUAGCACCGGCAACCAAAUCCCCCACGGCGGCCGGACAUGCUGAAGUGUAUCCCCCUGUGGCGCUGCAACCGCCACGUCGAGUCGGUGGACAAGCGGCAUUGCAACUUGCAGACAGUCCCUGAUGAGAUAUUCCGCUACAGUCGCAGCCUGGAAGAGCUUCUCCUUGAUGCCAACCAACUUAAAGAGCUACCAAAGCCUUUCUUCAGACUACUGAACCUACGGAAGCUUGGCCUGAGUGACAAUGAGAUCCAGAGACUCCCACCUGAGGUGGCCAACUUCAUGCAGCUGGUGGAACUGGACAUCUCCAGAAACGACAUUCCUGAGAUCCCAGAGAGCAUUAAGUUUUGCAGGGCCUUAGAGAUUGCAGACUUCAGUGGAAACCCCCUCUCCAGGUUGCCGGAUGGUUUCACUCAACUCCGAGCACUGGCUCACUUGGCACUCAAUGAUGUGUCAUUGCAGACGUUGCCCAACGACAUUGGAAACCUGGCCAACCUGGUGACAUUGGAGCUCAGGGAGAACCUGCUGAAGUCUCUGCCCACGUCGCUCUCUUUCUUAGUGAAACUGGAACAGCUGGACCUGGGCAGCAAUGAACUGGAACUUUUGCCGGACACCCUCGGUGCUCUCCCCAACCUGCGGGAGCUGUGGCUGGACCGUAACCAAUUGUCCUCAUUACCACCAGAGCUGGGGAACCUCCGGAGACUGGUGUGUCUGGAUGUGUCAGAGAACCGUCUGGAGGAGCUUCCCUCAGAGCUCAACGGCCUCCUGGCUCUCACUGACCUGCUGCUCACACAGAACCUGCUGGAGGUCGUCCCAGACAGCAUAGGUUGUCUUAAACAGCUGUCUAUCCUGAAGGUGGAUCAGAACAGACUGACCCACCUGACUGAUUCAAUAGGAGAGUGUGAAAACCUCACAGAACUCGUCUUGACAGAGAACCUUUUACAAUCACUUCCUCGCUCGCUGGGCAAACUGAAGAAGCUGACCAACCUGAAUGUAGACCGCAACCGUUUGGGCAGUGUGCCCAAAGAGCUGGGCGGCUGUGCGAGCCUCAACGUUCUCUCAUUGAGAGACAACCGCCUGGGCAAACUGCCUGCUGAGCUCGCAGAUGCCACCGAGUUGCAUGUGCUGGAUGUGGCUGGGAACAGAUUACAAAACUUGCCCUUUGCCCUGACAAACCUCAAUCUGAAAGCCAUGUGGCUCGCAGAGAACCAGUCACAGCCGAUGCUCAAGUUCCAGACAGAGGAUGAUGAGCGAACGGGAGAGAAGGUGUUGACCUGCUAUUUACUGCCCCAGCAGCCUUCCCCAAGCCUAGAGAACUUGCUACAAAACAGUGUGGAUGACAGCUGGACAGACAGCAACCUGAACCGAGUGUCAGUCAUUCAGUUCCAGGAAGAAACCAAGGCUGAGGAGGAGGAUGAUGAGGCUGCCGCAGAGCGCAGAGGUCUUCAGCGCAGAGCAACACCGCACCCUAGUGAACUGAAGGUGAUGAAGAAGGUGAUUGAGGAGAGGAGGAAUGAGGCUUACUCAUCCAGACCUGAUGGAGAAGAAGAGUCCCCUGACCCACAGGAGAAACGGCUCAGUGACCUCUCCAAUCAGAGCCAUGACUCCCAGGUCUCCAACAGCACACUGUCGGCCACCUCCCAUGAAGAGAGACAAAAUGUGACUGCCGCCUUGCAGAGGGAGGACCUUGUAGAUGGACACUGCCCUCAGGAGGAGGAAGAGCUGGAUGAGAUGGAGGUGGAGUACAUUGAGCCCACUGUGCACUUUGCAGAGGAGCCCAUAAUCCGUGGUGGGGAUGAAGACGAUGAUGAGGAUGGGGAAGAUGGUGAGAGGAGUGAUGAGGAAGACGAGAGACCGGCUUUUCCUGCAGAAAAGCAGCGUCUAAUCAGAAAGGACACGCCACAUUACAAGAAGCACUUCAAGAUCACAAAGCUGCCCAAGCCCGAGGCUGUUGCCGCACUGCUGCAGGGCUUCAGUCCUGACGGCCUCAACUCUCCGACACAGGCUGCUGAGGAUGAGCAAGAUGAGGAGGAAGAGCAGAGUAUAGGCACCCCUCAGCGCCAUCACAGAAUGGAGGAGCUGGAGGACAGCCGGCAACAGGUCAACUGCAGUCAAGUAAAGGGGGUGUCAUUUGAUCAAGUCAAUAAUCUGCUGAUUGAACCUGCUCGAAUUGAGGAGGAAGAGCACACCCUAACCAUCCUACGACAAACAGGCGGCCUGGGUAUCAGCAUUGCUGGAGGGAAAGGAUCCACACCUUACAAGGGAGAUGACGAGGGAAUCUUCAUCUCCAGAGUAUCUGAAGAGGGACCUGCAGCUAGAGCAGGGGUUAAAGUGGGAGACAAACUCCUAGAAGUGAAUGGAGUAGACCUCCACGAAGCAGAACAUCACACUGCGGUGGAAGCUCUCCGUAGCUCUGGUGCUACAGUUUCCAUGACAGUGCUACGGGAGCGCAUGGUGGAACCAGAAAACGCCAUCACCACCACGCCACUGAGGCCAGAGGACGACUACUUCCCACGAGAGAGACGCAGCAGUGGCAUCGCCUUCAACAUGGAAACGAGUCCCAGUGGACCUCGACAGCGGCUGUCCACCUGCCUGAUCCGCAAUGACAAGGGGCUGGGAUUCAGCAUCGCGGGAGGCAAAGGCUCCACGCCUUACCGCACAGGUGACAUGGGAAUCUACAUCUCUCGCAUUGCAGAGGGCGGAGCGGCACACAGAGACAGCACACUGCGUGUUGGCGACAGGGUGAUCUCUAUCAAUGGUGUAGACAUGACAGAGGCCAGGCAUGACCAGGCAGUAGCGCUCCUUACUGGCACCUCCCCCACCAUCACCCUCCUGGUGGAGCGAGACCUGAAUGCACCAGGGGGCUCUCCAGGUCAAUCCCGGGCACGUGCCCACUCCCCUCCACCCCCAGAACCCUCAGAUUCUCCAGACCAGGAGGAGGAAGGCCUUUCCCUUCAUGGGAACCAUCUGAGUCGGAUGGAAGAUGAGUAUCCCAUUGAGGAAGUGACCCUGGUGAAAUCAGGUGGCCCUCUUGGUUUGAGCAUUGUGGGAGGAAGUGAUCAUGCCAGUCAUCCAUUUGGCAUCAAUGAGCCUGGGGUAUUCAUCUCAAAGGUAAUUCCUCAUGGUCUGGCAUGUCAAAGCGGACUACGCGUUGGGGACCGGAUAUUAGAGGUGAACUCCAUUGACCUGCGUCAUGCCACUCACCAGGAGGCUGUGCGUGCCCUACUGGCCAACAAGCAGGAGAUUCGUAUGUUAGUACGGAGGGACCCUUCACCACCUGGGAUGCAGGAAAUUGUCAUCCAGAAGCAGCCGGGGGAGAAGCUUGGCAUCAGUAUUCGUGGAGGUGCCAAGGGUCAUGCUGGAAACCCCUUCGACCCCACGGAUGAGGGAAUCUUCAUCUCCAAGGUGAGUUCAAGUGGAGCAGCUGCAAGAGACGGUCGACUGCAGGUUGGCAUGCGGAUCCUCGAGGUGAACAACCACAGCCUGCUGGGUAUGACGCACACAGAGGCGGUGCGAGUGCUUCGUGCUGUGGGAGACUCUCUGGUCAUGCUGGUGUGUGAUGGCUUUGACCCACACAAAGUAACUGCAGUGGAGGCAUCUCCUGGCAUCAUUGCCAACCCGUUUGCAACAGGCAUCGUACGUAAGAACAGUAUGGAAAGCAUCUCUUCUAUAGAUAGAGACCUGAGCCCAGAAGAGAUGGACAUCAUACAGAAGGAGUCUGAGAUGGUGAGAGAGACAUCACAGUGGGAGCGAGAAGAGAUGGAGAAAGUGAACAUUGGCACUGGACCUCUAAAACUUGACUACAAAACCUUGGCUGCACUGCCAACCACCAGUCUGCAGAAGGUCAACAGGGCGCCUUCCUCUGAUUUCACCAGGACGGACAGCCCAAUCAGGGAAGCACCCUACUCUCCCACUAUUCAACCGGCAAACAUUCAUUACACCUCCACUCCCACUGCCAAGGAGAACACCUCAUCAUCAACGCGACCGGGUGCCAUCCAGCCAGUUGGCCGUGUGCGGCCAAGUACCUCUCCUGCCACUCCGGACAGCCACAGUCCCAACCCCUUCCAGCAUGGCCCCUCCCCCUUCAACUCCCAGACCUCUGACUUGUAUGGCAUGAGGAACAAUUUCCACCCAAAGCAACCUUCUCCAGAGAGUCCUUCUCCUGGUGGUAGGGACAGCCCAGAGCAGCGCUCUUUCAGGGACAGACAGAAGUAUUUCGAGAUCGACGUAAAGCAGCAGACUCCAGAAAAACCCAAACCUCGAGUCUCUCUUGUUGGAGAGGAUGACCUCAAGAAAAUGAGGGAGGAAGAAGCGAGGAAGUUUGAGCAGCGGGCGCAGGAGUACUUGAUGGAUGAAGAUGAGGAGGAUGAGGAGGAGGACCUGGCUAAGCAGGUGGCUCAGAUGAAGGCCACCGGCAAGGUGUUGCUGGAUGGAGUGGAGUACAAGGUGGAGCCAGUAUCCACCCCAUCUCAGCUCUGCUCCACACCACCGAGCUACAACGUCACACCCCCAAGCUACUGUGGCAGCUCAGGACCCUCCUCUGUUGAUGGUAAGGGAGACUCUCAGAGGAAUUCACUGGAGGACAGCUUUAGGCUGGAGCAGAGGCCCAACUCCAUGACUGGUUUGAUCCCAGUGUACCCCGGGGAAUCGGCGGCUCCCAUCCGCACGGCCAAAGCGGAGCGCAGACAUCAAGAGAGACUUCGUAUGCAAAGCCCCGAGCUGGCUGUUGCCCCUGACAAGGACCUGUCCCCUGCUGAGAAACGCGCUCUGGAGGCAGAGAAGAGAGCCAUGUGGAGAGCAGCACGAAUGAAGUCUCUGGAGCAGGACGCACUGAAGGCUCAGAUGGUCAUUGCUAAGUCUCGGGAUGGGAAGAAACGUGGGACGCUAGACCAGCUGACGGAGUCACCCUCGCCGGCCCCCACACCCUCUCCUACACCUAUGGAAGAGCUCAGUCCUCGAGGAGUAACCUCACCGGGCAGGCUGUCCCCUGACAUAGUCGACGACAUGCAGUUCAUCGACGACUGCGCCAGCAGCCCAGGUCCCGCUGCAAACCCCGAGGCCGAGGUUCCAACCCCACUGCCUGCCACCUCAGCCCUGGAGGAGAUGGCCUUGUACAGCAACAAGCGCAAGCUGAGGCAGGGUCGCCGCAGCCUGGAAACCGCCGUGCCCACGUAACACCUCACACUGAGAGAAGAAACCCGAACACACACAUUUACAUACGCUGUGGAACACUGGCAAACACACAGGUGCAUCCACAGGGAGUGCAGCGUCACUAAACACUAAACAGUGUCAGCAGAGCGAGAUUUACUCUCCCAUAUGUAACCACUGCAGAGAAAAGCUGAUAGGUGCCACACGUACACACUCACUUAUAUCCUGCGUGCCAGUCUUGCCUUUACAGUCUGUGGGCAAGAAAGAGCUCGUGUGGUUAGCUAGGAUUGCUACUUAGAGACUUUUUUUUUUUUGGUUCCACACUCUGUUUGCCUAGUAGAAGCUGAUCUAUUUUAACAAGAGGUGACUGAAGUUUUUAGUUCUAGUUUUGUUUUUUUUAAUGCUCCAAUGAUUUUGUUUAAAAAAAAAAAAAAAAAAAAAAAAAAAACACAUACUGGAAGAGAGAAGAAAUGGGUCAAAGCUAUACUAACUUCUUGAAUGAUAUUUUUAGACUUUCAGUGAAUAGAUUGUAAAAUGUCAGGGGUUGCUUGAGACUUGGGCGGACAGGAGUGUAUAUAUUAAUUGAGGAGGGAACAUCCUGCUACCUUCACAGUCACAAAUUGUGGAGAGCAUUUAAAAAAAAAAAAAAAUACAUAUCAUUUUUGCACUGCCAAUGAUCAGCUUUUUAAAAAAAAAAAACCUAUAUCUUAACUAAUUUAUUGUUUUUAAAUCAUAUAACCAAAUUGAAGGCCUUCUAUUUUACACUGUUUUAACCCAUCUAGUCCUUAUGGGUUCAAGAGGACUGAGGUGUAUUAUUAUCUACCAUUAGAAAUUUUUCAGUGGAACAGUUGAGUCAUGAAGACAAAGCUAUUAACUAAUGAAUAUUAUUUUAUCAUGAAAUCUACUUCGCAAACAAUUUUGAAUUCAUCAGGGGCUUUUUGAGGCAAGCAUAUCUACAAAUUACAUUGCUUGCAACAUAGCUGUUGCACAUCGGCAUGAUAACACGGUAAUUGGUCACACCAAAAAUGUUGGUGACUCGUAUCUCAGCAAUCUUCAAAAGCGCAUCUGUCCAGAUGUAUAUUCUGCAUUACAUUCCCCCUGUAAAGAGUAUGACUACAUCGGCGGCAGCAGCAUUGAGCAGGCAGUUUUACAGAGAUACUCAAAAGUUCAAUAAUAAAUAUAAAAGUUUGGGAACAUGCAUUUUUAGCAUCAUUUACUAAUUAACGGUACUUACCCUCCCCUGUUUAGGGUAUUGUUUUAUUUUAAAUCAAUGUGAAUCAUUAAUUUCUAUUCUUGCUUUAUCUGGAAUUAUUCCAGAGUGACUUGAAGGUAGCAGGUGUUUUAUUUUUCUGUCUAUGGUUAAUUUAAAUCUGAUGCCACUGAGAAAUCAUUUAUUGUUGUGUGAAUAAUGUACAAAUACUGAAAGGAAAGCAAACUUUGGGUUUGAAACUGAGCCAGUCUUGACCUAGACCAAGCGAGUGUCUGGACUGCUGACAUAUCUGGAUUUGGACAGGCUUGGUAUUGGGAUGCUCUCUGCAUGUAUAUUGGUUUGUUAAUGGGAGAGCUGUGAGAAGCAGAACCAAUUAGAAAUCCCUCUCAAGAUAUUGAUCUCAUUCAGACAUUCAGCUCACUGCUUGACAUUCUGUCAGUUUAGGUAUCUGACGGGUAUUUUUGCAGAGUCACAGCAUAGUAGCAAUUGUGUUAAUUUAAUGUAGGGUCUUUUAAUUAUAGCUUUCCAUGUUGCGCUCACUGACUGAAAUUCAGUUUGUUUGAUAACAUUUGCAAUGGCUGAUAUCUCUUUUUUUAACUUACAGUAGGUUUUUUUUUUUUUUCUUCAGGUGGGUUUCACUACAUUAUUAAUGCAGUGUUUCAAGUUUUUGUGUUUUGUCUUGAGUUCUGUUUGGGGGCUUUUACUUGCAAAUAGGUUGGAGGGCAAGGGUCAGAAGUCCUAGGGUCAAGGGUUAGAGCUCAUACAAGACUGUAACUAGUGAAUUUGUACAACCAAAGAAGUCUAUUUUGUGGUUCAGGAAUAAUAAAAUUUUACUUUUCAUUUAAGAAGCUGA